UUUGAACAAAGGAAGGUAAAAUAGAAAAAGGUUGCUGUGGAAACAAAGCUCCGGCCAGAGGGGGAGCAGGGAUCCACAUCUCCAUCCGUGGAGGUGGGCUCAUCCUCGACUCGGUUCCGUUAAUGAAGCCGAACAUCUGGAGGACUUCAUCUUAAUCCUAAUCUGCACCGGAUGUGGACCGAGAUGCUCGGUUUGGGAAGCAGGGGCCGAUCCUCCAGCUCCACCAUGGGAGGAAGGAGCAGCAGGAUUACUCAGCUGUGAAGCUGUGGAGGAACGGCGUCAACGUCUAAAUCACCAUGAUUAGCGGCAGUUCUCUUCUGGUGAUGCUCACUCGCUCCAGGAAGGAAGGCUUCCCUCCACUGUCUCUCCUAUGGAACUAUGGGACAUUAACAGCCGUCUCCGCCACCUCAUGGGGCUUCUAACCCGCCAAAGACUCUGCUGAUGGAGGACGUUUCCAUGGCCAACGCUUCCCUGGGCUCCGGGUCCCCACCAGAGCCGGUCACCCCGACGGGGAAGUCGUCAGAAACCCCCGCAGGUGUGGGCCUGCCUCUGCAGGUCUUCUUUAGCCUUGUGAUGGUGGCCGUCCUGUUGGUGGCGCUUGCAGGGAACGGCGUGGUGUGCCUCAUGGUGUACCAGAGAUCCGCCAUGCGCUCCGCCAUCAACAUCCUCCUGGCCAACCUGGCCUUUGCGGACAUGAUGCUAGCCAUCCUUAACAUGCCGUUUGCUCUAGUCACUGUCAUAACCACCUCCUGGAUCUUUGGUGACUCGUUCUGCCGGGUGUCCGCCAUGCUCUUCUGGUUGUUUGUGAUGGAGGGAGGAGCCAUAUUGCUUAUAAUAAGCAUUGAUCGAUUUCUGAUUAUCGUCCAGAAACAAGAUAAGCUCAGCCCACAGAGAGCUAAGCUGCUCACUGUAGUGACAUGGGUCCUCUCCCUGGUUAUCUCCUUCCCUCUGGCUGUAGGCUCCCCUCCCCUGCAGAUCCCCCCCAGGGCCCCCCAGUGCGUGUUUGGCUACAGCUCUGACCCUGGAUACCACGCCUACGUGCUGAUCCUCAUGCUAGUCUUCUUCUUCAUACCUUUCCUGGUCAUGCUCUACACGUUCAUGGGGAUCCUGAACACCAUCCGCCAUAACGCCAUCCGCAUCCACAGCCACCCGGACAGCAUGUGUCUGAGCCAGGCCAGCAAACUGGGCCUGCUGAGCCUCCAGAGGCCUUUCCAGAUGAACAUAGACAUGAGCUUUAAGACCCGUGCCUUCGCCACCAUCCUCAUCCUCUUCUCCGUGUUUACAGUGUGUUGGGCUCCCUUUACGGCCUACAGCCUGGUCACCACCUUCAGUUUGGGUUUUUACCGCAAAGACAGCUUUUUCCAAGUCAGCACGUGGCUCCUGUGGUUGUGCUACCUCAAGUCUGCCCUGAACCCUCUCAUUUACUACUGGAGGAUCAAAAAGUUCCGCGAUGCCUGCCUCGACCUGAUGCCCAAAUACUUCAAGUUUCUUCCUCAGCUGCCGGGCAACACCAAGAGGCGCAUACAGCCCAGUGCUGUGUACGUAUGUGGGGAGAAUCGAUCCGUGGUUUAGAAGCAGACGAUCCACUCGGCUGGCAUUGAUCCCAUCUACCCUGCUUUGUUGUUUGGUUCUCUAUUUUUCUCUGUAGAAGCUCAGGCUGAAAGUGGGACUGCGUUGAAAAGGCGGGAUGGGAUUCCUAGAAUCAGUCUAACAAUCUGAAGGGAGAACGCUGCACAUAUUGUUGCUGUUUUUGUUCUGGUUCCAAUAGCAAAUGUCAGGUCCUUUAAAGAACAGCUGUUAGAUUUUAGAGCUUUGCUGAGAUCCAGUUGAAAUUAUUCGAGACUGAAUGUUGCCUAAAAUAAUCAGGGAUCCAAACACCUUUUUUUUUUUUUUUUUUUUUUUUUUUUUAGAACAGUUACAUUCUGGGUUAUUUCUAUUUAUUUAUUUUUCAUUUUCUGUAUUUGGCUGACCUCUGGAACCUAAGGCACAGUGGCUUUGUCUCAUCCAGGAGCCUGUAUGAGUCCAUUAAGGUUUUUAAGUUCUGAAAGCUUAUUUUUAAUCAUCUUCAUUCACCUAUUCCUUUAGAUUAUUGAAGCACAGCCCUCCUUAUGUUUAAAGGAAAAGUCCGGUCAGAUUCAGAAUUCGAAAUUUUAAAAGAACUUUAAUUAUGAAAUUAUUCCAUACUUUUCAAUAAAUGAUCAGUGUUUUUAAUUCAGAGUAAUUUUCAUGUGAAUGUGCUUUACUGGAGGCAUCCAUGUUUGUCAAAGAACACUACUGCCAC